ACCAACGGAAGAAACUUGUCGACCACCGCUCUGACGACGACUACACCUCCCUCAACUCCAUCACCGGAGCCUCCCGUGUGUACGACAAUUGGUUGCGUACGGGCAGCCAAUAACAUUAUAAAUGCUCUGAAUACGUCAGUGGACCCUUGCGAGGAUUUCUACGAAUUCGCUUGUGGAUCAUGGAACGAGGAUCACCCGAUUCCAGAUGAUAUGUCAGCCUUCGGUACAUUCUCAUUCGUGAGGGAGCAAGUUCGGCAGCAGUUACGAGUACUAUUAGAGCAAGAAGUGACGUCAAAAUCAACUUCGAUUAAUAUGGCCCGAAUCGCGUACAAAACCUGCAUGAACAAAACACAACUGGAGGAGUUGAAAACA